UCUGACGCCACACUCCGUCUCUAUUUAACCCUUUGAGCUUCGCAGGAGGUUUAAAUGGGUGCCAGAAAGCCUUGAAGGGAGAAGAACUAGAGGCGGGAAGAAAAUAGGAAACCAUUUAUACUACCUCACUUGGAGUUAAAAAAUUGGAGAAAGACAGCUGAAAGACUUGCUUGACCUGUUGCUACAAGAAUGGGACUAUGAAUGCAAAGGUGUUUCAAGAUCCAAAACAUUCCCAGGGACCCCUUUGGAGGUGCACUACCGGACAGAGAAAGAAUGAAAAGCCAAUCUUUAGCAAGUGAGGGAACUGGAAAAGGCCCUUCUGUUGUUCAGCCUUGGACCUAUGAGGAGAUCUGUGCAAGAACUGGGCAGAAAAUCCUGAAGGAGACAACCACCCUUUCAGAAGUUGAGCCAUGGAACUUCAGGAACUUCCAACACCAGGUGGAUGGAGGUCCCCGAGGACUUUGCAGCCAACUCCAUUCUUUUUGUAGUCGAUGGUUGAGAUCAGAAAAGUACACAAAAGCACAGAUGCUGGACCUGGUUGUUUUGGAGCAGUUCCUGGCCCUUCUGCCCCUGCAGAUGGAGAGCUGGGUACGAGAGUGCGGAGCAGAGACCAGCUCCCAGGCGGUGGCCCUGGUGGAAGGCUUCCUCCUGAGCCAGGUGGUGGAACAAAAGGAGAGGAUGGACUGGCAGUCCUUCAUGAUGGAGAUCAGAGAUCCUGAGGGAAGGUGGCAUCCAUCAAGUUCAUCUCCAGAAAUGUUUUUCAAGAGGAUCUCUCAGGAUGAUCUAAAUAUGGACAUGACCAGAGUUAAGAAUAGAAGAAAGUUGACCCUUCUUGAUGGUGGAACUGAAACAGUGGUUGAAACUCCAGUUCAAGAGGGCCUUGUCUCCUUCGAGGAGGUGGCUGUGUAUUUCUCCGAGGAGGAAUGGUCUGUGCUGGAUCCUGACCAAAAAGCUCUGCAUUGGGAAGUCAUGCUGGAGAAUUACAGGAACGUGGCCUCUCUUGGUGAUAACGAGCAGGAACAUAAAGAGUCAAGGGAAUCAUUUGAAGUACUCAGACAUAGAGAGAUAAUGAAGAAGCCUGCAAUUCAAAUGGAAUUCCAAAGGCACGAGAGAAAAAACCCCUCAAAUAAUUGGAAUAAGGAAAGCUCAUCUUCCAUUGAGGCUCACAUGCAGGAAUUUCUUGAGGAAGGGGGAAAAAUAGAGAAAAAAUAUAUGAGGAAAGGUGUAAAACUAUCCAAAGACACAUUAGAGGUAAAUGAACACUAUCCAUCCACAUCCAAAGGACAAGAUUAUAUAUGCAAAGACAAUGGAAAAAAUUACAAUUGGGCUUUCCCAUUUUCUCAGGGAAAUGGGUCUCUAACAUCAGAAAAAAGUCUUCCCAUUGGGGAGGAUCCGGAGAAAGACUUGGAGAAUGGAAAGAGCUUCUGUGAAAGGAAGACUUUUACUGCUCAGGGAAGGAACCACAAGGAGAAGCCAUAUAAAUGCAUGGACUGUGGGACGGGAUUCCAUAAAGUUGCAUCCCUUGUGAGACAUAAGAUAAUUCUCACCUGUGAUGCGCCAUAUAAAUGCAUAGAGUGUGGAAAGGGCUUCAACAAAGAGAGUAAUCUUACAUCCCAUCAAAGUAUCCACAUGGGGGAGAAGCCCUAUAAAUGCAUAAAGACCUCUGGAUGCAGCAGCAAUCUUACUGCCCAUAAAAGAAUCCGCACAGGGGAGAAACUAUAUAAAUGUAAGGAGUGUGGAAAGUGUUUCAGUGUAAAUUCUUCUCUUAAAUCCCAUAAAAGGAUCCACACAGGGGAGAAGCCAUACAAAUGCAUGGAGUGUGGAAAGAGCUGCAACAAACACAGUGAUCUUACUUCCCAUAAAAGGAUCCAUACAGGGGAGAAGCCAUUUAAAUGCAUGGAGUGUGGAAAGAGCUUCAGACAACCCAGAACUCUCAUUAUUCAUAAAAGGAUCCACACAGGAGAGAAACCAUAUAAAUGCAUGGAGUGUGGAAAGAGCUUCGGUGUAAACUGUUCUCUUAAAUCCCAUCAAAGGAUCCACACAGGGGAGAAACCAUACAAAUGCAUGGAGUGUGGAAAGAGCUUCAGCCAAUCCAGUGGCCUCGUUAUUCAUAAAAGGAUCCACACAGGGGAGAAACCAUACAAAUGCGUGGAAUGUGGAAAGAGCUUCAGCCAACCCAGUGGCCUCAUUAUUCAUAAAAGGAUCCACACAGGGGAGAAGCCAUUUAAAUGCACAGAGUGUGGAAAAUCUUUUAGUCAGAGCACUCACCUUACUGGCCAUAAAACAAUCCACACAGGAGAGAAGCCAUUUAAAUGCAAGGAGUGUGGAAAGGGCUUCACCUUAAACUGUUCUCUUACAUACCAUCAAAGGAUCCAUACAAGGGAGAAGCCAUUUAAAUGCAUGGAAUAUGGAAAGUCUUUUAGUCAGAGCACUCGCCUUACUUCCCAUAAAAGGAUCCACAUGGGAGAAACUCCAAUUAAGCUUGAGCAGAAUGGAAAGAGCUUCUGUGAAAGGAAGACUUUUACUGCUCAGAAAAAGAACCACACAGGGGAGAAGCCAUAUAAAUGCAUAGAGUGUGGAAAGGGCUUCAGCAAAGAGAGUAAUCUUACAUCCCAUAAAAGUAUCCACACAGGAGAGAAGCCCUAUCAAUGCACGGAGUGUGGAAAGACCUUUAGACGCAGCAACAAUCUUACUAUCCAUAAAAGAGUCCACACAGGGGAGAAACCAUACAAAUGCAUGGAGUGUGGAAAGAACUUCAGCCAACCCAGUGGCCUUAUUUUCCAUCAAAGGAUCCACACAGGGGAGAAACCAUACAAAUGCGUAGAAUGUGGAAAGUCUUUUAGUCGGAGCAAUCACCUUACUAGCCAUCAAAGGAUCCACACACAGGAGAAGCCAUUUAAAUGCAUGGAAUGUGGAAAGAACUUUGGGCAACACCAUAAACUUGCUUCCCAUAAAGGGAUCCACACAGGGAAGAAACCAUAUAAAUGCAUGGACUGUGGAAAACCUUUUAGUCGGACCAGUUUCCUUACUCUCCACAAAAGGAUCCACACAGGGGAGAAGCCAUUCAAAUGCAUGGAGUGUGGAAAGGGUUUCAGCAAAUCCAGUAAUCUUACUUCCCACAAAAGGAUUCACAUGGGGGAGAAGCCAUAUAAAUGCUUGGAGUGUGGAAAGGACUUCAGAAUAUAUAGUGAUUUUACUUCCCAUAAAAGGAUCCACACAGGGGAGAAGCCAUAUAAAUGCAUGGAGUGUAGAAAAAGCUUCAGCAAAUCCAGUAGUCUUACUUCCCACAGAACAAUCCACACAGGGGAGAAGCCAUAUAAAUGCUUGGAGUGUGGAAAGGGUUUCAGCAAAUCCAAUAAUCUUACUUCCCACAAAAGGAUCCACACAGGGGAGAAGCCAUAUAAAUGCAUGGAGUGUGGAAAAAGCUUCAGAAAUCACAGUGGUUUUACUUCCCAUAGAAGGAACCACACAGGGGAGAAGCCAUAUAAAUGCAUGGAGUGUGGAAAAAGCUUCAGAAAUCACAGUAGUCUUACUUCCCAUAAAAGGAUCCACACAGGGGAGAAACCAUACAAAUGCAUGGAGUGUGGGAAGACUUUUAGACAGAGCAAUUUCCUUACUCUCCAUAAAAGGAUCCACACAGGGGAGAAGCCGUUUAAAUGCAUGGAAUGUGGAAAGUCUUUUAGUCAGAGGAAUCACCUUACUUCCCAUCAAAGGAUCCACACAGGGGAGAAGCCAUUCAAAUGCACGGAGUGUGGAAAAAGCUUCAGAAAUCACGGUGGUCUUAUUUCCCAUAAAAGGAUCCACACAGGGGAGAAACCAUACAAAUGCAUGGAGUGUGGAAAGACUUUUAGUCAGAGCAGUGCCUUUAUGUCCCAUAAAAUGAUUCACACAGGGGAGAAGCCAUUUAAUUGCAUGGAAUGUGGAAAGUCUUUUAGUCAGAAGGUUCACCUUACUGAUCAUAAAAGGAUCCACACAGGGGAGAAGCCAUAUAAAUGCAUGGAAUGCGGAAAGGGCUUCAGCAAAUCCAGUAGUCUUACUUCCCACAAAACGAUCCACACGGGGGAGAAGCCAUUUAAAUGCAUGGAGUGCGGAAAGGGCUUCAGCAAAUCCAGUAGUCUUACUUCCCACAAAAGGAUUCACACAGGGGAGAAGCCAUAUAAAUGCUUGGAGUGUGGAAAGGACUUCAGAAUACAUAGUGAUCUUACUUCCCAUAAAAGGAUCCACACAGGGGAGAAACCAUACAAAUGCAUGGAGUGUGGAAAGACUUUUAGUCAGAGCAGUGCCUUUAUGUCCCAUAAUAGGAUCCAUACAGGGGAGAAGCCAUUUAAAUGCAUGGAGUGUGGAAAGUCUUUUAGUCAGAGGGUUCACCUUACUGGUCAUAAAAAGAUCCACAGAAGGGGGAAGCCAAGAUAAAUGCAUGGAUUUUGGAGAGAGCUUUACGAGGAGAAAUGACUUAAUUUCCCAUACAGAGAUACGCUUGGGUGGGAAUGUAUGUUAAUUCUUAUGAAUUUUCCUAUUUACAGGGACUGAGCUUGCAAAGGAAUUGUUCUGUCCCUGUCUCACACACGCACAGAAACAGACAGCCGGGGGUUAAAUAAACUGGCAGACAACCAAUUCUUCCGAUAAGACGCUUGGCAACAACCCAGUAGCUGCUUGCCAAGUACUUUACUCAAUAAACAAAAUACACACAGUCAAGAAUUGUCCAGUUUGUAAAAUAAAUCCAAGGCCAAUAAUGUUGUUUCCAAAGAUGCAAUGUGACUCGAUAGUAGUUAGUUUUGUCUGUCACAGAGUCUGAAUGGCCACCUCACCCCCUUUUAUACCCUGUGGGGUGUGGUCCAGUGACUCAGCUUAAUCUCUGGCACGCUUUUUCUUCUGUUGCACGCGCUUAUCUCUGCAACGCUGCUGGGGAUCCAGCCAAGACUCAUUUCCCUCAUCACUGUCCACCUGUGGCUGCGUGGACGUGCUUGGCCCUGGCCCUAUCUCUUACCCUUCGGCGGACACCGAAGGCAUUGCCAAAGAGGAGGGUCCUGGAGAGGGAAGCCCUGCCAACUCCUCUCCUUCACUUUUGGAGUCCUCUCCUGCCGAUGACACAGGCUCAGGUAACGGAGCCACAACAGGAAUUUUUUCUUAGCUUGACCCUUCCAAUUGGCUGACCGAUGGAUAUGAAUUUAGAAAUGAAAAUAAAAACAAUGGGAAUACCAUUUUAAUUAUGACCUGGAUUAUUGGCGGUAUCUAUAUUUAACUACGAUUUAUUUUAUUAUCAAAAGUGAGAUUUUUACUCCCCCCCUUGUUUGUUCUUCCCACUUGAUCACACUCAAAAGAAUUUUAUUUUCCCUUCUUUUUCUGAAUCUUUCAAUUAUUUCUCCUCCUUUUGUCAUUCAUUAACAGACACUCAGAAUACUUUUCUUUGUCCUCAGAAAAAUUGGAAAUGCAGAGAGAUUCUAGACUUUUUAAAAUAUACAUAUAUAAUGCAAAGAGAAUUCAAGUUCCAUCAAAGUUUAGAGUGAGGUGGAAUUUGAUAUUGAAUUGUCCGCUUAGAUAAUUGUGAUAUUGCAUUAACAGUGACAAGUAAGAGGUUUUCUGCUCUUAAUUUUUCAUGAUUCCCCCUCCCUCUCUUUUUUGUCCCAAGUUAGAGAUACUCACUAAAAUAACAAACUGAUGCCACUGUGCUGACAUUGCAAAUGAUCAAACAAGAAAGGUGACAAUUUCAAAUCAGUGGGACCAAAAUAAAUAAGCUUGAGUUUUAAAAAAAAACUAUUUCAGAAAACUACUUGCGAUUCUCCUGAUCACAAAUGAGACGGAGAGCCACCUCUGUGAUGUGAAGAAUUCCAAAAAAGACUCAAAGUUGCAUCCACAGUGUAGAACUGUGAUCUGAGGCAGGUACUAUGUAUGGAGAAGCAUGGAGCCUUCUUUAGUGAAAGGCCUCAUAAUCUGAGGGAAUUAUCACAUGCACAGAAGAGCUGAAGAGAUGAAGGAUUCCUCUCUAAAGGACCUAGAAUUAUGAGAAGCUCCCCAAAUGCAUGUUUAAAAUCUUUUUUUCAAGCAAUACGGCCAUAUUAUACUCUUCUAAAGUGUGAUGAAGACUAAGAAGUCGUCUAAAUUUGAUUUAAAUUAAAUUAAAUAGCAAUGGUAUAAUUACUUUCUAGUCAUGUAUGAAGCUCUUUUUCUUUUUAGUUGCAUUAAACAUAGUAACAUUCAAAUAUGUGGAAGUAUUUGAAUGGGGGCAUGGUCAGGAUCAGAGACUUGUGUUGGUUUGAAUUUGUUUAUUCAGUAUUUUGCUCAUUUUGAGGCCUUGAAUCUCUAGAGUGGCUCUUUUUGAGGGAAAUGAGUUCUGAUCCUCCACAGAAAUUUUCUUAAUAUUCACAAGAUCACUAAUUGGCAGGGAGCUGGACUAGAAGACCUCCAAGAUCCCUUCCAGCUCUGUUCUGAUUCCAUCUAGAAAUUUCAAUGUGCUGGAGACACCACUGGGUUUCUUAGGUAGGCUGGGUUUUUUCUUCUUCUGUUGGAAUAUUUUGUUUAUUUUCUUUCACUGGUGGUUCUUAUUUUAUAAUGCCUUGUGAUAAAAUAAAGACAUUCGUUGAGGGCAA